AUGAUCCACGUAGGAGCGUCGUUGAGAGACCCGUUCGGGUCCAAAUUCACAGCGUCGCCGGCUCCUGUAGCCUCGUCGUCGACCCCUCCACCGCCUGGACAACCCCCUGUACUACCACCAAAUACGUUCAACAUCCCCGCAGAAUGCAUGCACUCCCCAUCCAACACAUUCUCUGGAGGAGUCCCACCGUUGCAAAAGUGUACACGAUGCCCCUACACCGGGCCCAUCACUGCCUUUCCACCGAGACGCACAGGCGGUGGCCACCUUAAAGUGUGUGCUGCCUGUAUGGAUAAGCAAAAUGCGCGAAAAGUGGCAUCGGAAAUGGUCGCUGAAGCAUCGAAUCGGGGCCAGAUAGCCACGGCGGCCAUAUCUCUCGACGACUUUUUAAAGCUCGUCUCGCUCAACAAGGAUCGUCCGUUCGACUUCGACACUAUGGUCAACGUCCCACCUGGGAUGUUCUUGGCUGGCGAACACCUAUACAACAGAUCAAAUCGUAUAAGGGAUUAUCUCGCCGAAGCUUCAGAUUAUCACUGGAACCAAAAGAAAACAAAGCGCGGUGGGAAAGCAACCGUCGUAACUUAUUUCUGUGCACAACUAGAGGGUGAACAGUCCAAAUCCCGGGUGCAGGGUUCAGAUCGCAAAUCCAGAAGUCGUAUUACGCGUUAUCAUUGCGGGGGUUGGCUCCGCAUCACCAUCAUGGAUGACAACGAACAACUUCUGCGCAUACGCAUGACCCACACUGAAGCUCAUCCCAGCUUUCCUGCAUCGUUCCGCCGACCUCCAAAUACGUCUGAAUUCAAAUUGGACACCGUCGUUCAACAGGCUCCUCCACCACCACCGCCGCCGCCUCCUCCAUCUGCUGCCGUGCCCCAAAUCUUCCACACGAUACCGCCACAACCGCCACCACCUGCAGUGAUUGGUGAACCCGGGUCUUCAUCGGUCCCUUCUGUGGGAUUCGUAGAGGAGAGUCAACCAGACCCGGACCGUGUACCCAUAGAUAACCGAUUGCAUGCCGAAGAACUAAUGAACGCGAGACCUCACCCCGCUGUGUUUUUCUCACCUGUCCAAUUAGAGGGGCUCAAGCGCAAAUUCGACAACUUGAUAUCCGCGGCGGCAGCGGGUCCUGUGCCCCCAGAUCUGGCCCAUUCCCUUGGAGCCGUAUUUGACCACAUCGAACGCACUUCAAAUGAGCUGGACAUCGACCGGUACUGCAAGCGACAGCGGACGUCGUGAUCAUUAUGAGUGACGACGAUUUGCGCCUUCCCUUGAUUAUAUUGGAUUACUCGCUUCACAGCGCUGUUUAUGUGCGGCGUUGUUUGGUAUUGCUCUUUAGUAGAAAGGGGGUGUCCCCUAUGCUUGAUGUGGACUCCGUGCUUAAAGACUAUGUUGUUCCAUUGAGUUGUAUCCACACAAACCAUGCAAUUCCAGCCCAGUCGCAUGGAUCGCUAAUACCAAAUCUAGUGUGCACGCGACCCUCGAGGCCCUCACCAGUACGUUGCCUUGACAUGCAGCGUUGACUUCACAUGUCUAGUGUGAUAACAGCCAACUUUCACUACGUAAAAUGGUUCAACCAAUCAGCCAAGGGUUCGAGGACAUCUUUGCACAACAUACAUCAUAUAGCGUUACCAUGCGACUGGGUUCCUUGGAUAUGGUACAAUGUAUACAGCAAGAACUGGUUAUCCGUGGAAUACGUUGUGCG